AGUGACUCUGGCCUGGCCCUGCCUUUUCUUUUUCCUCAAUUUCCCCCAUUUUCUCUCUCUCUCUCGCCGUCAGUUACUCCUCCUCUUCGCUGUCGUUUCAAUUCAUUCCUGCUUCUUCUCCUUCAAAUCCAAAAUCCUAAAUCAAUCACAACAUGAAUCACUCCCACUCUCCUCCCCCUACAUCAUCAUCAUCAUCACCAUCACCAACAACCAUCAUCAUUCAUUGAUCCCAAAACCAAAAACACACCCUCUUCUUCUUCUUCCACUGUAUAUACUACUACUACUACUUAAGAUUCUUUUUACUCUUACCACCAUCAUCACACCAUCCUAUUCCUUUUCCCACCACCCACCUUUCUCAAUUCUAGGGUUUUCACUUUUCACUUUCAUUUCGUUAGGUUUCCUCCUCCGUCACCCUCUCUCUCUCUCUCUCCACUUCAUGUGGAUACUUGUUCCUCUGCUUAUGAUCUGAAUUCAGUACGAUUGAUUUCUGUAUUCAUUGUAAUUGGGGUGAGGGGGAGAGUGGUGAUUGAUUGAUUGAUUGUUGAUUAAUGGCGUACCAGGCGAUUCAGGGUUCGAGUUCAGGAUCGAGUUCGGGGUUUCAAAUGGUGAAUUCUCCGUUCGGUGACACCACUUUCACCAAGGUCUUCGUUGGUGGAUUGGCUUGGGAGACUCAGAGUGAAACCAUGCGUCGUUACUUUGAGCAAUUCGGGGAGAUUCUUGAGGCGGUUGUGAUCACUGAUAAGAACACUGGGCGAUCCAAAGGCUAUGGUUUUGUGACUUUCCGGGAUCCCGAGGCUGCAAGGAGAGCCUGUGCUGAUCCAGCUCCUGUCAUUGAUGGUAGAAGGGCUAAUUGUAACUUGGCUUCACUUGGUCGACCACGCCCACCUCUUCCCUAUGGUCGGAUAAGACCAGCCUCCCAUUAUGUUGGAAGUUUGCAACCAGCACGUGGUUCUUAUGUUGGAGGUUUUGGCUACCAGCAGCAGCCACUUUCCUACGGCUAUCAACAAGGAUUGGUAUAUCCUCCUUAUGGGUAUACGACGUAUGGACCUGAAUACAUCUACCCACAGAAUGUGUACAACCCAUAUGUGGGUCAGCAGUACCUUCAGAUAUAUGGAGUGCCUGGGGCAGUGAACACUACUGUUUAUCCUUAUGGACAAUUGGGUCAGACUAUUCCUAGUGGUCACGGUUAUACAGCAAUGCCAGGUUAUACUGUACCAGCUCAUCAGAUUGUGCCGUACGGCGGAUCCAGUGUUAAUUCCAUAACAACUUCACCUAUGCCUGCCAUUCAAGCAUCAUAUCCUAGUGGAAUAGCUUCACCAGUUCCAGGCCAACCCCAAUUUAUUGUUCCUGCUCCUUCUCAAUUUAUGCAAGGUGGUGGUCAUGACCAAACAGCCGGGUGAGGGGACGAAUAAGAUAUCCAUAGUUUGCAGCAGGUCUAAGAGCAGUGGAACUCUACUUGAGUGGCAGGCUUCCAAUCUAGCCUUGCAAGUUAAUUAUUCUGCAUUCUAGAGGUCAUAUAUAGUCAUGCUCACCAAGCUGUGUUCGAGUCGCUUCGAUGGCAAAGGAAAUUGGAACAUGUUCACACUAGUGUAUUUAUACCUAAUACUACCCGUACUCAGGAAGAGUGGCGGCAGUAUUGGAUCAAUGGGUGUUGGAAUGGGUUUCUGGCAGCCAUGUAGUAAUAAACUUGUGUAAAAAGAAAAUGGUGUCCGAAUCAAAAUAUGAUUCUUUGUAGUCUUGUCCAGCAUUGGGUUUGUAGAUAGUUGUCAAUGUUAGUGAAUUGUGUGGCGAUGGAGGGUCCAUCACAUUGAAUGUAAUUUUUGUGCAUAGUAGUUGUCAUAGGUUCUACAAGAAGACAGGGGUGUAAUUUUAUUAUUUCAAAAACCUGCCGUUUAUGCAGGGUAGAACCAUCAGUAUUUUCCAUUGGAGAAGGUUGCAGUGGUUCUAUGAUGUUAUAUAUUACCUUCAUUCAGCAUGGUCAUAUGAUAAAACAUUUUCUUCAA